AUGGCGGACGCUGAGGCGAGUGCUGCCGUGAGCGAUGAAGCCAAGCCUGAUGCGGACACUUUGCAGGUGCUACGGGACCUGGCCAAUCGUUUGCGCAUCCACUCCAUCAGGGCCACGUGCACCUCAAGCUUCGGCCACCCCACAUCAUGCAGCAGUGCUGCUGAGAUCAUGUCCGUGCUGUUUUUCCACGUCAUGAGAUAUAAACAGGAGGACCCGGAGAACCCAAACAAUGACCGAUUCGUCCUCUGCAAGCGACUGGCAUUUAUUGAUAUGGCAAUCGGAUGGUGUGGACAAGGAUUGGGCGCUGCAUGCGGGAUGGCAUAUACUGGCAAGUACUUUGACAAGGCCAGCUACCGGGUGUUCUGCCUCUUGAGAGAUGGUGAGUCUUGGGAAGGCUCUGUCUGGGAGGCAUUGGCCUUCGGUUCCCACUACAGUCUGGAUAAUCUCAUAGCUAUCUUCGAUGUGAACCGCCUAGGCCGUAGUGGCGUCUUGCCCAUUGAGAACUGCAUAGACAUCUAUCAGAAGCGCUGCGAAGCCUUUGGGUGGAACACUUAUGUGGUGGAUGGCCGUGACGUUGAGGCGCUGUGUGAGGUGUUCUGGCAAGCAACUCAAGUGAAGAACAAGCCCACUGCUGUAAUUGCCAAGACCUUCAAGGGCCGGGGCAUUCCAAGCAUGGAGGAUGCAGAAAAUUGGCACGGAAAGCCAAUGCCAAUAGAAAGAGCAGAUGCGAUUAUCAAACUAAUUGAGAGCCAGAUAGAGACCAACAGGCAUCUCGAACCAAAACCCCCUGUUGAAGACGUGCCUCAAAUCAGCAUCACGGACAUAGAGAUGACAUCUCCACCUGCUUACAGGGUUGGCGACAAGGUAGCUACUCGGAAAGCAUGUGGUUUGGCUCUGGCUAAGCUGGGCCAUGCAAACGAUAGAGUCAUUGUGCUGGACGGUGACACCAAGAACUCUACCUACUCCGAGGUGUUCAAGAAGGAGCACUCUGAGCGCUUCAUCGAGUGUUUUAUUGCUGAGCAAAACAUGGUGAAUGUGGCACUGGGAUGUGCCAUCCAUGGUCGGACCAUUGCUUUUGUUAGUACCUUCGCUGCCUUUUUGACCCGAGCAUUUGAUCAGAUCCGGAUGGGAGCCAUCUCUCAAAGCAACAUCAACCUUAUUGGGUCCCACUGCGGAGUAUCUGUUGGUGAAGAUGGCGCCUCCCAGAUGGCCCUGGAGGAUUUGGCCAUGUUCCGAGCCAUUCCCAACUGCACCAUUUUCUAUCCAAGUGACGCAGUCUCAACAGAGCAUGCUGUGUUCCUGGCAGCCAAUACCAAGGGGAUGUGCUACAUUCGGACCAGCCGACCAGAAACUGAUGUUAUUUACACCCCACAAGAAAGUUUUGAGAUUGGACAAGCCAAGGUCAUUCGCCACGGUGUCAAUGACAAGGUCACAGUUAUUGGAGCUGGAGUUACUCUGCAUGAAAUCCUAACAGCUGCUGAUGAGCUUUCCAAAGAAGAUAUUUCUAUCCGUGUCAUCGACCUAUUUACCAUUAAACCCCUGGAUGCUGCCACCAUCAUCUCCAAUGCAAAAUGCACAGAUGGCCGAGUUAUCACAGUGGAGGAUCACCACCCAGAAGGUGGCAUCGGGGAGGCUGUCUGUGCAGCCGUUUCCAUGGAGCCUGACAUCCUGGUUCACCAACUGGCAGUGGAAGGAGUGCCUCGGAGUGGGAACACGAGUGAACUGCUGGAUAUGUUUGGAAUUAGUGCCGAACACAUUGUAGUGGCUGUGAAAUGUAUUCUAACAAGCUAA